AUGACGGGUCUCUUAUACGAUGGUAACACAUUCCUCUGUCUCAGGUAUCUCAAGCCCGACGUUCACAAGAAAUCCAAGCACAAAACGGCCGUCAUAAAAAAGACUCUCAACCCAGAGUUUAAUGAGGAGUUCUUCUAUGAAAUCUCCUUCUCAGAGUUGGCUACCAAGACGCUGGAGGUCACGGUGUGGGACUACGAUCUGGGAAAGUCCAACGACUUCAUCGGGGGUGUGUCCUUAGGGUGUCACUCGCAGGGAGAGACUCUGCAACACUGGAUAGACUGUCUGAAAAACAAGGGCAAGAAGGUGGAGCGCUGGCACACGCUGACCAACGAGCUGCCUGGAUCCACACUGCAGGAAUGAACUGAGCCUCCCGCACCGCCCUGACACCGGAGAGACGACUUGAAGACGAGACAGACGUUUCAUCGCAUGCUCUGAGGACUUUCUGCAUGACUGUGACGGAUUCAUAUCCUACUUUCUUUGUGUCAUAAAAUGAGUUCAUAAUUCACAACAACAUCAUCCCAAAGGGGUCUCAUUCAGAGAUCAAUACUCAAAUCAUGGAUCUAAAUAGACCUGAUUCAAAUCUGGGAAACCAUCCCUGCCACAAAGCUCAGAGAGUGAGAAUUUUCAUAAUCAUAUUCAUAGGGAUCCAUGUCCCUUCUGUGCAUUUUGUGUUCAUCUAAAUGCUCCUGCACAUUGCGCCAAGCUGGUCAGAUUUCAAUCACAGAGAAAAUUGAAAUCAUGAAAGCAAAACGAGACAGAAAGUUGAAUCAUUCCGCGGUUCGACUCUGGUGUCCUCCCUUGUGUCAGGUUCGCUUACUCUUCUAAAACUUGGCCUGUUAUUCUCAUCAACUGCUGACGUUUAAACGGCUCCAUCGUGGCCCAUCUUGUAUCACGGCACACAUACCUCUCCCUUGCAAUAAUGUUUUGCCUAAUGCUUCCGAAGAUUUCCAAGUGGUCUUAAUACUGUUUUGUAUCUAUGGAUCUGAUUGGCGUUGGAUUGCCUGCACACAGCACAAUCUAAUGAGAUAAUUGGUUCUUCCAUGUUGAUGGUUUGUGUCGAGUAUGUUUGCAUGUUUGGUGUCAACGGAACAAACUAAAAGACAAAUAUGUGCCGGACUCUGCUGCAGGACGAAGUGUUCAUCAUCGUGUUGAUUCCAAUCCUGCUGAGGUGUGUGGCUCUGAUUAACUAAAGACAAUGUUGGUUCCACUCACAGUUGUUUGAUGUGUUUCUUAUUGAUGACAAGCUGAUGUUAACCUAUUUUUGCUCCAUGGUCUUUUAUUGAUGAGGAAGAGGACGGUGGUGUAAGAGCAGACUGUUGUGCAUGCUCGUUGUACUCUGACUGUCUGAUAACUCUCCAUCGCUGCUGCUGUACUCUGGUUUACAGGUUUUAUUUGUACACACUCUCGUGGUUAAUGAGGCAUGCUGAAGAUACCAGUGGUGUUCAUAUGUAAAUAUAUAA